UUACUUUCACAACACAUUGACAUAACAACAUCACAAUAUCACAUGACAGUUGAAUAACUUGUCAAAGUUAAACCAGAAAUUCUUUUACCAUGUUGAGCUAACAAAUUAAAUUUAUCGAAAAUUCAGCUUUCUCGUUUAAUUUAUCGUUAAGUGUGCAAUGUCCAAUCAAUACUAAUCUAAUCUUUUAUAAAUGAUUAGGCUGCCACGUCUGUAGAAAUGGGUAAAUAUGUACUAUGCCCAUAAUUGUAUACAUGUUUUCUAUCAGUCAGCCUGCAUUUUGAUGAGCUCAGUAUAAUUUAUCUUGAUUAUGGUAAUUAUUUUUCAUUAAAUCAUAUCAAAUUUAACAUGGAGGAAUCGGUGCCAGAAUUCAGAGGUUUUGUUGAGAAGAGCACUGCUGGCAUUUUACAUGAAUUUGAAAAUGAUUCAAAAAAACAGAAAGCUCGUAUGAGUGAGUUUUUAUCAAAACAAACUCAGCUGCUUAACACAGUACACAGUGAGCUACUAAGAUUUGGUGCUAUAGAAAGUUUGCAACUUGAAGACAUGAUGUCCAUUAUGAAGACUUGCCAGACCCGUCUGCUAACAAUCAAGGAGCGUAUGCGAAAAGCCAGUACAAAAGUUGCUAAACUUAAGGCUAGAAGUCUAAAAAUUCAAGAAAUAAAGCAGAAAGAAGCACUGAACCGAGAACUGCGAAGAGAGGCGCUGUUAAUGCUGGAGCAAGAGAUGGUUGUCAGUCAGUAAAUCGGUAUCUCUAUAUGUGUAGUGGGUACAUAAAAUUCAGAUACAUUGUGUUAAAUACAUUAUUUGUAAAAAAUCAAAUAAGGUUCACUCAAACCAAAGGCCAGAGAAUAAAAUAGAUAUUAUUUGGAGAUGCCUUAUCAUAAAUUCCUCCAAUUGAAUAAACGGCCUAUUCUGUAUAUAUAUAAUUAUAAUUUCUUAUACAUUUUUUAUUAUUAUUUUUUUGUAUUAUCUGUUAUUUUUUUAUUUCCUUUGGUAAAUAUCUAAAGAAUAUUAUAACUUUAUAACUAUUCUCCAUUUUGAACAUUCUAGUCUUAUUUCUUCCACAAUACCUGCUGUCUGAUAUUAUAGUUAUGGGUAUUAUAUGCAAAGUAGAGUAAAAUAGUUCCUGGAUUUGUUAUCUACAUUCAAGCGGUGGAUCACUGAAGUGCAAAUACAUUUUCCUGCAAUCGGCAGAUUGCUGGUGAAAGCACCACUCGAUUGUUAUUUAUUUCUGUUAUUCGUGUCAAAAG